AUGUCAGGAGGGCAUCUGUCCAAGGAUUUUUUCGAGCUCAUAAAGGCCAUCGGGGAGAGCAAGUCGAAGCAGGAAGAGGACAAAAUUAUACAAGGAGAAGUUCAAGUGUUAAAGCGAAAACUCUUGGAGCCUAAUAUUCCUUCCAAAAAAAUGAAGGAGUAUAUGAUAAGAGCUGUUUAUGUGGAAAUGCUCGGUCACGAUGCUUCUUUUGCCUACAUACACGCUGUCAAGUUGGCUCAGGAUAAGAACGUAUACAGUAAGAAAGUUGGGUACAUGGCUUCGUCCCUGUUCCUCAAUGGUGAUGACGAGUUGAUGCUAUUGUUGAUCAACACCAUGCAGCGGGACCUCGGCAGUUCCAACUUCCUAGAGACCUGUGCAGCUCUGUCGGCCGUCACGCAGCUGGUGAACGCUGAGAUGAUCCCAGCGAUAUUGCCUUUGGUUACCAAACUUCUUACACAUUCCCAAGAUGCUGUGCGGAAGAAGGCCAUCAUCUGUAUUCAACACUUCUUCAGACUGUCGCCGGACUCUGUAGUUGAUGAUGUCCAGCAGGAUGUGCGUAGAGCUCUGUGCGACCCUGAUCCGGCAGUUAUGGGAGCUAGUUUGAAUCUGCUAAGGGACAUCAUUCGCAGUGAUCCUGACUCCUGCAAGGACUUGGUACCCUCGCUGGUGAAUAUUUUGAAGCAAAUAAUCGAGCAUAGACUACCGAGAGAUUUUGACUACCAUCGUAUGCCGGCGCCUUGGCUGCAAGUUAAUUUGGUGAAUCUUAUGGGAAUGCUGGGAGAAGGAGAUCAAGAUGUAAGUGCCCAAGUAUACGACAUAAUACAGGAGACCAUGCGCCGUGCCGACACCGGUGUCAACGCUGGGUAUAGUGUUGUCUACGAGUGCGUCAAAUGCGCUGCCAAGCUGUACCCCAGCCACACCCUUCUAGAACAGAGUGCUGCCUCAAUAUCAAAGUUCCUACAGAGUGACAGUCACAACCUCAAGUAUCUUGGAGUUACCGGACUGGCGAUGAUCAUCAAAGUGAACCCGGACUAUGCGAGGGAGCAUCAGCUGAAGGUUGUGGAAUGCCUGGAGGACCCUGACGAAACUCUCAAGAGGCGUACAUUGGAUCUGCUAUACCGCAUGGCCAACACAGCUAACGUCAUUGUGGUGUGUGCUAAGAUGCUGCAAAACCUCCGAUGCUCCCAUGAUGUCCAUCUACGCAGAGAUCUGGUCCGGAAAGUUGGCUCCUUAGCAGACAGAUAUUCACCAUCGAAUCAAUGGUAUGCCGAGACCAUCAAUCAGGUGUUCAAGUUGGCCCCUUCCUUGGUGCCUCCUUCCAUGCCCAACUCCCUUAUGCGUUUGGUUGCAGAGAGUGGCGAGGACGACCCUGAGUUUAGAGUAUGGGCCGUUAACACCUACGUGAAGAUGCUUGCUGAUAAUUCUGACAGUUUGCCAGAUGUCCUAGUGAGGGUCGCGGCUUGGGUGUUGGGCGAAUACGGUUGUAUGUGCACAUUGAGCGGUUACACCACUGAUGACAUCGUCGACAUUCUGGUGAGCCAAGCAGUGGAUCGGCCUACGUUCACCGAGGCCAGAGUCACUCGAGGUUAUCUCUUCUCGGCCAUGAUGAAGUUACUCAGUCAGGAGCAACAGCAAACUGCCUCGACGCCCUCUGUGGACACAGUGCGGCGAGCUCUACGGAAGUACAGUACCGACCCGGACAUGUACCAGAGGAGUCUCGAGUACCUCAGAAUUCUCGACGGCUCGCCGGACCUGCUGCCGUCGGCCUUCCCCUACGACGAGACCAACUACGAGCAAUCCGACUCCCUAAUCGACAUAUCUUUAUCAUUUCUCGACGGUGUGGUAGAUAGAGCUAUAAUGGAGGGGAUGAAAGAAUACGAUCGGCCUAGUGCUAUGGCCUAUGCUGUCGAGGCAUCGGCGUCGUCCUCGUAUGAAGAGCGUCAUCGUGCUCUCUCUGGUCUCAACUUCACGCCUUAUAGCGCACCAACCAUGCCGUCCCAAGGGGCAGUGUCUCAGCCUAGUAGUAGUAGUACCACAGUAGGAGGAGGAGGACAGACAGCGCAGUCUAGCUCGGAAGCGUGGCGAGACUCCCCUAUGAAUGACCCGCCAGUGUCAAGUCCUUACCAGUCCGGUUCUGCGCAGCCCCCGGCCCCAGCAGGUGGUCUUCGAGUGAAUGCCCCGAAGAAGUGGGGCCCUCAAGGCUUCAAUGCUCGAAAACCCGCGGAGGCCGCCGCCUCCGUCGUCGCCGCCCCAGCAGCAGCAUCAUCGACUUUCCAACAGCCGAGUUCCGCGCCUCCUUCAAGGACACCGCCUGCCCUGGCUACUGUCUCUACUCAUCCUACUCCGGAUGAGCUACGCCGUAGGGCAGCUCAAGAGAAGAUGGCUGGCGCGUUGUUUGCUGGUAUUGGUACUAAUGAUGGUAGUACUAAUACGGCUGCACGGCGGCAACCGAUAGCUGGGCCGAGAUCACUGGUUGGCCAGCCAGGCUAUUCUCGGCCUAAGGCUGGGUCGGUAGCAGAUGGGAAGUCGGCAGCACCCAGGGCGCCUCCACCGCCGCCCACUGAGGCUGUUGACUUAUUGGACUUGUUCGGAUCACCUACUGCAGAGGAGUCUCAUCGAGUGUCUACUGAGGCAGAGGCUGUGGCAAUGCCCGUGCCCCCCACUACCUCGUCGUUGGAUAUUUUAUCGUCCAACGAUGAAGAUAUGCUAGGGAGUGCAGCCCCUUCAUCGGCUCCUUCUCUGUUACCUGUUCACCGUAGUGUUCAGCAGCCUUCAAAGCAGAAGUUUGAUCUGUUGGAGCAGUCCCCGGGCUCGUAUGGUCCCAUCGAGGCCCAACAGCCCCAGGUGGAGGAAGAGGAGGAGGUGAAGUUGAGGCCUCUGGAUAUCACUACUGAGCAGUUGGGUGGAGAGUGGCAGAAGCUUCAGGACUCAUGCGAGAUACAGUUGUCAUUCUCCCACGUACCGGAAGUGUCCAGCCGAUUGACAGACGACGUCGGCUUCCAUCUGGUUGAAGUCAUUGGCGAUGAGAGGAUCUUUGCUGCUACAACGCCUUCUGGGGAGAUGGUCUUCGCCCACUGUCGGGAAAGUGCCCUGCAGUCGGACUUAAUUUUAGUAGCUUCAUCGUCGGCAGCCGGGUGCUUAGCUCAAGAGCUCAUCGAGAGGGCCACGGCUGAAUAG